AUGCACAGUUCUACCACUGAUACUUCACUGCCAGCAUUAAACCAUGGAAUUGAAGCUUCAAGCUACCCCAAGAGGAUCUGCAAGCUCUCACAGCAGCAGGAGGAGAAAUCAGGUUGGAGUGACCAACCGUCCGUCGACCAGCCACGUGGCUCAGUCGCAGUCUCGUGAAGGGUCGGAUCGUACCUCUGACUCCAACGUGGAGAGAAAAAUGCAGAACAGGAUACGGGAUAAGGUGUCAAGAUGCAGCGCUGACGUCAACCUAGAACUUCAGAGAGCAUCCAACGAUGGCGUGUUGAGCUAUGAAACCAUGAGAACGAUUUUGCACAGGCUGAAUGUUCCUCUAGCAGACGAAGAGUUCAAUUAUCUCAAAUCUUUGUCACACAACGAACAUGGCGAUACACGGCUCGAAAAGGUUAUGAACACAAUCAGGACGCCUGAUUUUGAUGAUUACAGACCUUUCAGAAAGUCCUUCGAGAGAGAGAAAGUAUUCCUCACGCAACUAGCCAGGAAAGAGCUGAAGCCAGUGAAUCGGAGGGAGCUUUCCCUAGAUGUUCACCGAGCUGUACAUCACUCUCCUUCAGUCUCUUCGCACAGAACAUCAAACUCGCUGUCAUCGUUGGACGGCAACCAGGCUGACCCUUCGUCGUCCAAGACCCUUCUGGCCUUCGUGAACAAUUUCUUAAAGCACUGGAAGUCUUGGAGAAGAAAGGUUUCACAAAAGAUGAGGCCGAGAGAUCACUACAAUGUCAAGUUCUGUAGGACUGCAGGACCUCCGUCCUACUCCACGUAUGAGACGAUUGUACCCGUGCACACGUCACCGCAUUACUGCCCUGACUGGAAGAGAUACGUGACGGUGUCGCUGCGAAACUCGAUGCCGGUCGACGAGCACAUUGAGAUCGAGAAGAGGAAGACGAGGAAGAUGAUGAACCUGAGCAGAAGACAGGAGCUUCGAGAGCAGAUGAGGAACUUCGUCGAGUCGGAGGAGAGGUUCUAUCACAACGGCUACAUGAAGCGCCUCCAGGGGCUUGCAAGGACGCGGGUUGGCUACCUUGACCGCAUGUUCGGCAACCUCGACCAACUGGGCUAUUGA